AUGGCAUUUUCACUCAUCAUGUAUUUCUACUUUUUCUUUCUUUCUCCCUCCCUUUCUUCUUCUCUCAACCCCCCAUUUUGUAAUCCUCAUGACUCCUCCAUGCUUCUCCAAUUCAAAAACUCUUUCUCUGUUGAUCAGUCUGCUUCAAUAGGGUGUGAUGAGUUUUAUGAUGACUACCCCAUUACCCCUCUGUUUAAGAACUCAUCUUACCCAAAGACAGCUUCAUGGGGAAAUGAUUCAAAUUGUUGCUUGUGGGAUGGGAUUACGUGCGACUCCAUAUCAGGCCAUGUGAUUGGCCUUGAUCUUAGUUGCAGUUGGCUUCAAGGUCAACUCCAUCCAAACAAUAGCCUCUUCCAACUUUCUCAUCUCCAAACACUCAACUUGGCUUACAACAAUUUUAGUGGGUCUUUGAUAUCAUCUCAAUUUGGUGAUCUUUCCACUCUCACGCAUCUAAACUUAAGCGAUUCUGGUUUUGUUGGUGAAAUUCCUCCUCAAAUUGCGGAAUUGUCUAAAUUGGUCUCUCUUGAUUUGUCAUGGUUAGGUUUAAGACUAGAACCAUCCACAUGGGAGAAGCUCGUUCUAAACAUGACUGGUCUACAAGAACUUGUUUUAGAUUCCAUGAAUCUGUCUUCCAUUGCACCAAACUCCCUGUCUUUGCUCAUGAAUUUGUCAUCCUCAUUGGUCUCUCUUAGACUUUCUAAUACUGAGUUGCAGGGGAAUAUUAGAAGUGACAUUCUCGGCUUAGAAAGCCUUCAACAACUUGAUUUGUCACGUAACAUUAAUCUCAAUGGUCAACUUCCAAAGUCCAAUUGGAGCUCUCCCUUAUCACUUUUGGAUCUCAGUGGCAUAACUUUCUUAGGAAAAGUACUGCCUGAUUCUAUUGGCCACUUGAAAUAUCUAAAUCAUUUGAAUCUAUACAACUGUCAUUUUGAAGGGCGGAUUCCUCUUGGUUUGACCAAUCUCACUCAACUGACUUAUUUGAACCUUGCUUCAAACAAGUUUGGUGGUGAGAUCUCAUUCCUUUCAAACCUAGAACACCUCACAUGGUUAAGCCUUUCUGAAAAUAAUUUUUUUGGUGAAAUCCAGUCUGAAAUCUCGCAACUGUCUAAAUUGGUCUCACUUGACUUAUCUUUCAAUUUUGACAUGACGAAGAGUUCAUCACUAAGACUUGAACCCUGUACCUGGGAAAAGCUUAUUCUAAACACAACUGAUUUAAGAAGGCUUGAUUUAGAUUAUGUGAACAUGUCCUCUGUUACACCAAACUCCUUGUCUUUACUUAGGAAUUUGUCAUCCUCUUUGGUCUAUCUUUCACUUUGGAACACUUCUUUGCGAGGUAAUAUGACAGAUGCUGUUUUCUGUUUGGAAAAUCUUAAAGUUCUAUAUUUGGGAGGGAAUAGAAAUAUUCAGGUUCAACUUCCAAAGCUUAACUGGAGCUCUCCUUUAGUGAUGCUGAGUCUACAUGACACACCUUUCUCUGGAGAAGUACCAGAUUCCAUAGGCCAUUUGAAGUCUCUUGAGGACUUAGAUCUUUCAUAUUGCCAAUUUGAAGGGCCUAUUCCUCCAAGCUUCAAGAAUCUCACUCAACUGAGAAGUUUAGACCUUUCCUCCAACAAAUUUAGUAGUGGGUUCUCAUCCCUUUCAACACUCGUAAAUCUCAGUUACUUAACUCUUUCCAAUAAUAGUUUUAGUGGUCAAAUCCCAUCAUCACUUUCAAACCUUGAACAUCUCUACCACUUAGAUCUUUCGAUGAAUAAUUUUAGUGAUGAAAUACCAGAUGUGUUUGGAAAGCUUCGGGAAUUACAAUAUCUGGCACUUAAUAAUAAUAAUUUCAGUGGUCAAGUCCCUUCAUCCCUUUUAAAUACAAGUGUCACAUUUCUUGAUCUUAGCUUCAACAUGUUGCACGGAAGCCUCCCCAAUCCAUUCUUUGGAGCAAAUUAUUUUUCAGUCUCAAACAAUAAAUUUAGUGGGAAUAUCUCCUUUCUCUUUUGCAAUGCAAGCUCACUUGAGAUACUCAACUUGUCUCAUAAUAACCUAUCAGGACCUAUCCCACAAUGUCUUGUUGGCCUUCCCAAUCUCUCAGUUCUAGAUCUACAAAUGAAUGAUUUUUUUGGAACUUUACCAAACAAUUUUUCAAAGAAUAGUGCCUUGCAAACUUUGCAUUUCAAUAGCAAUCGACUUAGGGGAUCGUUACCUCCAUCUUUGGCUCGUUGUACUCGGGUAGAAAUUUUUGAUGUUGGACAUAAUGAGAUCAAGGAUACCUUUCCUGGUUGGCUUGAUGAUUUGCCAGAGUUACAAGUGCUUGUUUUAAGAGAGAAUAAGUUUUACGGGGCUAUUUCUAGUUCCAAGACCAAGCAUCCAUUUCCGAAGUUAAGGAUCUUUGACAUUUCCAGCAACCAUUUUUAUGGAUAUUUGCCAGCAACGUACAUCAAGCAGUUCAAAGGAAUGAUGAAAACAGAUAAUGUUGAAGCUCGAUCACAAUAUAUGGGAAGUAAAAAUUAUUCAGGAUAUAAGGAUUCAGUGAUGAUCACGUGGAAAGGUUAUACCAGAGAGCUGACAAGGAUAUUGACAAUAUUCACCACUGUCGACUUGUCAAAUAAUAGAUUUGAUGGGGAGAUUCCAAAAGCUAUUGGAGAGCUACAUGCACUAAUAGGGCUUAAUCUUUCACAUAAUAGAAUCUCUAGUUCUAUUCCAAAAUCAAUUGGAAAAUUGACUAGUCUAGAAUGGUUGGAUCUAUCAUGCAACAAGCUUAAGGGUGAGAUUCCCAAGACAUUGACGAAUCUCAACUUUCUUGCUAUUCUGAACCUUUCACAAAAUCAACUCGAGGGGAUGAUACCAACAGGUGAGCAGUUUGAUACAUUCCAAAGAGAUUCAUAUGAGGGGAAUUCAGCAUUGUGUGGUGUUCCAUUAUCAAAAUCUUGCAAUAAGGAUGAAGGAGAAUUACCAACACAAAUCUUUGAUACUAAUGAGAAAUUUGGAUUUGGCUGGAAACCAGUAGCUUGGGGAUAUGGAUGUGGAAUGGUAUUUGGAAUCCUCAUGGGGUAUGUUAUGUUCUCAACUGGGAAACCCCAAUGGCUUGUAAGGACUUUUGGAGGUCAAUCCAAGAAACAGGCCAAAAGGAUGAGAAAUAGAGGUCGUGCAAAUUGAAGAAUGAAUUACCUAAGAAUGUGGCCUUGUAAUUUGUUACGAGUUGUUGGUUUUUAUGUUUCUUAUUUUCUUUGUUUGUAUCUUGUUUGUUGAGAGUGUAUCAUCUGCUGCUUUAAAUGUAAUAGCCCGUUAUUCUAUUUAUGUAAUUUUAAGUGAUUUGUGAUCACUGUUUUGUCUUGUGUUUGUUGAAGGUCAAUGAAAUACAUGCAAGUUUGAGACC